CGUCAUGGCGAAGCUCCUCAGCUGCGUCCUGGGCCCGCGGCUUUACCGGGUCCAUCGGCCCCGGCCGCCCGGGCCGGCCCCGGGGAGCGGCGGCGGCGGCAGCACCGAGCGCGGGGAACCGGCCUGGGACUCGUAUUACCAACCGCGGGGGCUGGAGAAGCACACGGACAGCGUCCUGGCCCUGGCCUCGGUGCUCUGGUCCAUCUCGUACUACGCCUCCCCCCUGGCCGUGCUCUACCUGUACCGAAAAGGCCUCCUGACCAUGUCCCGCGUGGUGCCCCUGUCCCACUGCGCCGCCACCCUGGGGCUGCUCCUCGCCGGCGUCGCCUGCCUGCGAGGGCUGGGCCGCUGGAGCAACCCGCAGUACCUGGAGUUCAUCGCGGUGCUGGAGGAGAGCCACCGCUCGGGCAGCCCCGAGAGCAAGCGCAAACUCGGCCUCUACACCUUCGACUUCCGCAGCUGGCCCGUGGAUUUCCGCUGGGACAGCGCCGGCCCCGCAUGGGCGGGCUCCCGGGCGGUGCCGCUGCUCCAGACCCCGCCCCGGCCCCGGGGGGGCUCCCGGGGGCUCCUGGGCGCUCGGAAGCUUCCGUGCGCCCUGGUCAGGCUGCUCCUGGCCCACACCCUGGGCCGGCGGAUGCUGUUCCCGGGCUCGGUGCGGCUGCUGCAGAGGGCGCUGCUGCCGGCGCUGCUGCAGGGCCAGGCACGGCUGAUUGAGCAGUUUGGGGGGCAGCGGGUGAAGCUCCUGGCCUGCGAUGGGAACGAGAUCGACGCCAUGGUCAUCGACAGGAGGGGCCGGGACCCCCGCGGGGACACCCUGGUCAUUUGCUGUGAGGGCAAUGCUGGCUUCUACGAGGUCGGGUGCCUGAGCACCCCCCUGGAGGCCGGGUUCUCGGUGCUGGGCUGGAACCACCCCCGUUUUUGGGGUCCCUUUGACCCCGUUUUUAGGGGGGUUCCCCUGCCCCAGAGCGAGGCCAAUGCCAUGGACGUCGUGGUUCGUUUCGCGCUGCAGCAGCUGCGCUUCGCCCCCCCCAGCAUCGUGGUGUACGCCUGGUCCAUCGGGGGCUUCACCGCCACCUGGGCCGCCAUGUCCUACCCCGAGCUCGGGGGUCUCGUCCUCGACGCCUCCUUUGACGACCUCGUGCCCCUGGCCCUGAAGGUGCUGCCCCGCAGCUGGCGGGAGUUGGUGACCCAGACGGUUCGGGAGCACCUGAACCUCAACAACGCCGAGCAGCUCUGCAGGUACCAGGGCCCCGUGCUGCUGGUGCGGCGCACCAAGGACGAGAUCAUCACCACCACGUGCCCCGAUGACAUCGCCUCCAACCGGGGCAACGACCUCCUGCUCAAACUGCUGCAGCACCGGUACCCCAAGGUGAUGGCGGAGGAGGGGCUGGGGGCGGUGCGGGAGUGGCUGGAGGCGGCCACGCCCGAGGAGCAGA